AUGGUCUCGGAACAAAUGCCUGCAGUACAAGAAAUUCGAAUAAAUGUGUAUCCAGCUCCAAAUUCAACGCCAGCUAAUCAGCAAUCAAAUUUGCAACCUCAGCAGUAUUCACCCGUUGCAAGAUAUUCAGCACAAGGAGCAGUACAAAGCCAAGCACCUGGUGCUCCGAUAAAUUCAUGUUAUCAGACGCCAUCUGGUCACGAUAUGCGUUCACCCCAGCUGAUGUCUCCAACUCAAGCCUCAGUUCCUGGUGCUGUCUUGCAAGCUGCUGGCACUGGCUUGACACCUCCCGUUAACACCGCACUGCAACGGAAUAUUUCAAACAUGGAUAUGCAACCAAGUAGUAGUCCUGCUGUGAGUUCUCAUAUCCGUAUGGUGCAGCAAACGACACCUUUCUACGGACACGAUCCAAAUGUUGCUGGAAGUGUGCAGUCAGACAUGUGCCUUGUCGGUUGUUUCUUCGUGGUCAUUGAGCAUGAAAAAGUGUUGGUGGAUCGUUUAGAUGUGCAGGAAAUAGGUGCCGUUGUUAGAUUACAUGGUGGUGAAAUCGAAUUUGGUGUACGGGCUUACAAUAAUGUGAACAGCGAUCGAGUGACCCAUGUUAUCUGCGAAUCUAUGCGACAUCCGUUAGUUCAACAGGCACUGAAGAGGGGUAAGCGAUGUGUGACACUGCACUGGUUAAAUGAUGUUCUCAGCAAGAAGCAUCUUGAAGCACCCUGGCGUGUUUUUCAUCUGCCAACAUUUUGGACCGAUAAUCACAGACCAGCUACUGGCAAAAUAAUAACAAUAAACGGCUUCAAUGAAAAUGAACGGUGUGGUGUACGAAUGAUGAUUACUGCCAUAGGAGCCCGAUAUACUCCCCAUCUUACUAGUCAUAACCAUUUUUUAGUCACGAAAACAUCUGAAGGCGAAAAAAUAGAACGAUGCCACGAAAUGGGCAUUUCAGUUGUAACAUAUCAAUGGCUGGUUGACAUUUAUUUGGGUAUCAAGAAUGCAGUGAAUGAAAAUGAAAAUUGCAGUCCCAUUCCGGGGAUGGUCUCGGACACGAAUGCUACCCCUUAUAAUAUGGAACAUUAUUCAGAAGCAUGCAAACAGUUCCUAUUUCCAUGGAAAAUACCAAUUGUAUUUGCAAAUGAGCAAUGGCAACGAGCGUUAGAAGUUAAAAGAAAUGUGGAAAAUGAUAAAAAUAUUUUUCCAAAUAAACGAUUUCGCAUGACAACUCCACCACCAACCGACGAAGAAAUUGAAACAAGAAGGUCUGAAAUGGGUACCCUCAAAGAAGUUCCGGUGGUAUGCUUCAGCGGUUUCACUCCCGAAGAAAAGGAUGCAUUAGGAAGAAAAGUACGUUUUCUUGGUGGUGCGACUACUGAAAAAGUGCAAGAAUGCACACAUUUAGUGGUACUUAAUUUGUGGCGUACACUUAAGCUUCUGGAAGCAAUAGCAUUGGGAAAAAAUAUUGUUGGGCCAAACUGGGUUAGUGAUGGUUACCGGUGUCGCGUUAUCCCAGAUUCACUGGAUUACUUUGCUCGAGAUGAUGAAAAUGAGAAAAUAUUUGGUUACAAUCUGAAAUACAGUGUUUUGAAAGCACGCUAUCGAAAGCUUUUCCAGGAUGUAACAUUUUACUUGACUCCGAGUGUUGAGCCAUCCUACGAGGAAUUAUUGGCUUUGAUUGAACUUGCUGGGGGUACCGUGUUAAGGGAAAGACCUCAACCACAAUAUGUUAUACACUGCAUUGAGACCGAGUCAUUGCUGUUACUGAUUGGUAAUGACAGUGAUGUACAUCUUUUGCAGUAUUUAACGGAUUGUGGAAUGCCCGUGCACAAUGUAGAAGUAAUUUUAACGGGUAUUUUGCGCCAGAAACUGGAAAAUUCGCCUCUUUACCGUGUAGCACCAAUUCGGCCACCUUUGCAACCAGCACAAACGCAAUCUAUGCCAACCAAGAAUGCUCAACAGAGUAUUUCUCAGCGAGUCACUGCAUGA